AUGAAUGGAACGAACGGAACGGACGACCACAAAUUUGAAGAGCUUAUGCAGACACUGAACGGAAUCAACGCCGACACCUUCAGCAACGAUGGUAAAAGGAUCCAGACCCUCCUGGCAGCGUAUGCCCUCGUAUCUCGGCUCGAGACGCCAUGGGAUUUCGUAUUGAGACUCUGCAUGGGUCAGCCAGCGCUUGGGGCAGCUCUGAAAGUUUCGAAGGAUCUGCAGCUGUUCGACAAAUGGCAUGAGCGCGGUGACGGCGCCAUGACAAGGGAGCAGCUGGCAGCGAUGGUGUCUUGCGACCCCAACCUUCUCUUUCGCCUACUCCGCCAUUUAGCAGCAAACCAUGUGCUGCAAGAGACUUCGAUAGGGGUUUUCAAGCCGACCAAAUUGAGUAUCUCUUUCACCCAAUCAGUGUUCGGGGAGUGGAUCAACCAUCUUUACGAUGCGACAAUUCCGUGCUUCUUCAAGAUGCCAAUGUACCUGGCUCAGAACGGCUACAAAAAUCCUUUGGAUCCCAGCAAUGGCGUUUUCCAGUACGCGAAAGGUUGGAAGGGAGAUAUGUUCCACUAUUACGAGUCCCACCCGGUCGAGGGUGAAUCCUUCAACCACGUCAUGGGCGGCGUCAUGGCAAACCAGGCCGGAUGGGUGGACAUUUUCCCCCACAACGCCAUUCUCGAGUCAGACUCGGAUAGCGAGUCCCCUCUCGUGGUAGACGUGGGAGGCAACAUUGGUCACGACAUGGAAAAGUUUCGCCAGUUACACCCAGAGACAGCUUCUCGUCUGUACCUGGAGGACAGACCAGAGGUUGUAAAGCACUCCCUGUGUCCAGAGCCUGUGAACAAGAUAGGCUACGACUUCUUCAUGCCGCAGCCGAUCAAAGGAGCGCGCGCCUACUACAUGCACGGCGUCCUCCACGACUGGUCCGACGAGCCGGCCCGCAAGAUUCUCGAAAUGCAGAGAGGGGCGAUGAAACCGGGACACAGCAAACUCCUGAUCCACGACCACAUUGCGCCCGAGGCCUUGGCCCACCCGCACACCACGGCCUACGAUCUGACCAUGAUGGUCAUGGUGGCGGGGGUAGAGCGGAGCGAGGCGCAUUGGAGCACGUUGCUCAAGUCUGCGGGUUAUAAGUUCCUCAGGGUCUGGACUUCGCCGCUGGCCGUGCAAGGCAUCAUCGAGGCCGAGCUCGAGGAGUAG